AUGAACGAUCUAUUGUCAUUGGAUACUUCAGAGUCACUUUCUGAAGAGAUUUCAAAGAAUAUCAAUCAUGAAAAGUCAAAUGUCACUUCUCGAAAACUCUCUCUUUUUCAUGAAAGAGAUUAUUACACUCUUCUUCCAAAAUAUCCAAGUGCUAAAGAAAAAUCAAGUGGUGCAGGAUAUGCCAUCAAAUCCUCCAAACGAUGGAUCGAACAUUCCACCUAUGUCUAUGCUCAAGAGAAAAUUGAUGGCUCUCAGUUGUCAUUCAUGCUGACAAAUGUCAAUGAUGAUGAAAAUAAGGACCAAGCACUUUCCAAUCAAGAAGAAAGAGGUCCAAGAAUGAAAUUAAUUUAUCGAACAAAAAAAGGUCCAAUCUCCAAUGACGUUUUCUUUGAAAAUGCCAUCAAAGGUAUUACUGAAAUUCAACAUUUACUUUUCCCAAAUUAUAUCUAUCGAGGUGAAACCAUUACUCGUUAUAGACAUUGUCGUGUCAUGUAUGGAAUCAUUCCUCCAAAAUCUUUUGUCUUGUUUGAUGUCCAGAAUGAUAAGGGAAAUUAUUUGCUGCCAGAUGAAAUUGAAAUGGAAGCAAAACGAUUGGGAUUGAUGUGUGCUCAAAUUGUGUAUCGUGGUUUGUUGGAUUUUGAAAAGUUGAAAUAUUUGUGUAAUAAUACCAAAUCUCAAUUGGGUGGAUAUGCCAUGAUGGAAGGUUUGGUUGUGAAACAAUAUGUAGAUCACACCACCAUGACAGUUGACAGCUCUUUGAAAACAGAUGAAAUGGAUGGUCUUGGUGACAUUCAAAUGGUCUCUUUCAAAAUGGUUUCUAAACGUUACAAGGAAACAAAGAAAGCCAAACAUCUCAAAGAAGAAAAAGAUGUUGACACCAAAUUGAAAACUAUUGCUCAAAGUGUCUGCACUCCAUCGAGAUGGGAAAAAGCCAUGAUUCGUUAUCUUGAAGAAGGUGGUGACAUGAAUCAUAUAGAUUUGAGUGGUAUUCUGUGUUUGGAAAUUAAGAAGGAUAUCAUUAAGGAAGAGAAUGAUUCCAUUCAAAAGUUGUUGAAAGAGUGUGACAUGGAAUGUACAGAUGGUGUGGUGGAUAUGAUUUUGGAAUUUGCAGUGGAAGGUGUCAAGGAAUGGGCUAAACAAUAUGUCAAGGAAAUUGCAUCCACUUUCUUGAAUGAUUCGAUCCUAUCAACAGAAACAACCAAUUCUGUUGUGGAAUUGGCAACACCAAUAUUAUUGGUGAAUAAAUGA